UUUUUUGACCAUUUCAAAUAAGUCGAUUUCACGACUAGUCUGUUGUGUUGCUUCAUAGAAAUUUCCUUUCAUACUUAAUAAAUAUAACAAUAAAUAAAGCAACUUCCAGCAUUCCAAACCUCAACCAGAAAAAUAAUCAUCUCUUCUUCACUCUCUUGACACACAACCAUGUCAAACUCCAAAAACAACAAAUUUCACCCUAAAAUCACUCUAUUAUCUCUCUUUUUGCUAUUCUCCACCCUAGUUGUUAACUCAUACAAUCCUGAUUACACUUUAGCAAUCAAUUGUGGCACCUCAGCAAACACUACUGCAUACAAUCGAACUUGGGUUGGUGACAGUAAUGAUAACUCCAAUAUCUUUUCCUUCAUUGAACCAAAAACCACUGGCUCAUCACUUACACCACAACCUAAUUCCCUUUCCAGUCUCGAAACUCCAUUCACAACCGCACGUAUUUCUCUCUCAAAUUUCACAUACUCAUUCUCUAGCAUCACUUCUUCCCCUGUUUUCAUUCGCCUUCAUUUUUACUCAACUUCGUACAACUAUAGUUUUGAACCUUCUAAUGCAGUUUUUUCUGUUAUAGUAAACAACAAUCUUACCCUUCUUAAAAACUUCAACCCUUAUCUUUGGCUUCAUGAUGACGAUGAGGAGAAAAUCACCAAAGAAUAUUGCAUCCAAAUCGAACCAUCUGAGAAGCUAAACAUAACUUUCAUUCCCAACGACAAAAACCAAUCAAAUGUUUAUUAUGCUUUCAUUAACGGAAUUGAAGUUGUGUCUCUGCCUUCUUUUCUCUAUUACACUGAUCUCGAUGACACAAACUAUCACUUCAACUUACUCGGCUUUGACAACAGCGCUAACCCAUACCAAAUUCGAAGCGACAAAGCAUUAGAGAUGGUUUAUAGAGUCAACGUUGGUGGUACUCAAGUUCCAGCAAAUGAUGAUACAGGUAUGUUUCGUUAUUGGGACAACGAUUUCUAUAGGUACUUGCAGAAACGGUAUCCACAAAGUGAAUCAUCUGAUUUCAGCCAUCAUCUUAACUAUUUACACAAUACCAUUCCAAAUUAUACUGCACCAGAAAUUGUAUACAUAACUGGAAGAAGUUAUGGAAUGUAUGAGACAGAGAACUUUAAUGUAACAUGGAAUUUUGAAGUUGAUUCUGCUUUUACUUAUAUGGUAAGGUUACAUUUUUGUGAGUUUGACUAUCAUAUGAAAAAUAAAGGGGAUAGAGUUUUUCAGAUUUUUAUAAAUGAUGUUAUGGCUGAACAAGGUGCUGAUGUGAUUUAUUGGAGUGGUGCUCCUUUGGUUCCGGUUCAUAAGGACUAUGCUGUGAUUAUGAACUCUCAAGAAGGAAACUCUCAAAUUGAAAGAGUCAAUCUAUCAAUCAAGCUUCAACGAGCACCGCAAACUAUCUACACAAAAUACCUUGAGGUCUUACUGAAUGGAAUUGAGAUUUUUAAAGUAAGUGAUGGAAGUAACAAUCUUGCAGGAUUGAAUCCCAAAUAUUUAUCACCAAAAGAACCAGUAUUAUCAAAUCAGCCGCCGAAGUCAAAGAAAUCACACAUGGUCAUGGUUGUUGCAGUUGGAGUUUCGUGUCUCUUUCUAGCAUUUGCUGUUGUGGGAACAAUAGUUUUUGUUAGAAGGAGAAGAAGAUUUGAAUCUCAUACACAAAUGGAAGAAAGUUCAUGGAAAACAAGGAAAGAAAGUUCCUCAACUUUACCAUCCCAUUUGUGCCGCUAUUUUACAAUAGCGGAGAUCAGAGCUGCUACAAACAACUUCGAUGAUGUUUUCAUCAUCGGAGUUGGAGGGUUUGGCGACGUGUACAAAGGUUACGUUGAUGGAGCUACCCCCGUUGCUAUAAAACGUUUAAAAUCGGGCUCUCAGCAAGGCGAAAACGAGUUCUUGAACGAGAUCGAGUUGCUUUCUCAACUUCGUCAUAAUCACUUGGUUUCCCUUAUUGGAUAUUGCAACGAUGGUGCAGAGAUGAUUCUUGUUUACGACUUCAUGCAGCGCGGUACUCUUCGUGAGUAUCUCUAUGGUUCGGAUUCGGGCAAUGAACCUCUUACAUGGAAGCAAAGACUCGAGAUUCUACUAGGUGCUGCGAGAGGGUUGCAUUAUCUUCAUGCGGGCGCGAAGCACACUAUCAUACAUCGUGACGUGAAGACUACCAACAUAUUGUUAGAUGAGAAAUGGGUGGCUAAGGUUUCCGAUUUCGGGCUAUCUAAAGUCGGGCCAACAGGAACGUCGAUGACCCAUGUCAGCACUGUGGUGAAGGGUAGUCUCGGAUAUUUGGAUCCCGAAUACUACCUACGACAAAGAUUGACGCUUAAGUCCGAUGUGUACUCUUUCGGUGUAGUGCUUCUUGAGGUGUUGUGCGCGAGGCCUCCUUUAAUUCGGACUUUAGAUAAGAAAAAUGUGAGUUUGGUUGUUCGUUUUCAAAGAUGUUACAAUGAAGGUGUGAUAAUUGAAGAGAUGGUGGAUCCAUUCAUAAAGGAUUCUAUAACAGAUGAGUGUUUGAGAUGUUACUGCCAAAUGGCGUUGAGUUGUUUGCAUGAUGAUGGAAGUCAAAGGAUGUCGAUGAGUGAUGUUGUUGGAGCUUUAGAGUUUGCAUUGCAGUUGGAGAUGACUCAGGAAAAGGAAAAGAGUGAGCAGAGGAUACAAUAUCCAAAGUUUGCGAGUGAUGAUGGGAGUGAGAUGCGUUUCACGAGUAGUAGUGGUGACUAUGGGUCUCAUACAAGUAAGGUAAGCACCAUUUCAGCAACCAGUGAAGAUCAACCUUUGUUUUCUACUCAUGUGUUUUCUGAAGUUGGGUAUCCAAAAGCACGGUAGAUAGGUGAUAAAUAUGAAAAUCCUAAUAAUUGUAGUGUGUAAUUUCGUAACCACAUGUCACUGUUACGAAAAACACCUAUCGCAACGGUUGGAAAAUGGAUACCACCACGCUGAACCAUACGUUGUUAGGUAAGGUGUGAUUGUAUGUACGAUAAUUUACACCACGUCCAUGCGAUCAUGAUUUAAAGAUAUAUAGCGCGCGACCUACCACAAUGAUUAAUUUAAACAACUGUUGUGAUAUUCUUCAAAGCAUAAAUUUAACAACGCUUGGUAUAAACAACCGUUGUGAUAUAUACAAUUGAGUUUAUUAUAAA